AUGGAUAUCGUCCUGCAACAGCUCGAGCCUCUCCUCGCCGCUCUCCGCCCACACUUGACCCCCAUCACCGCACAGCUCCCCGCAAGCAUCGCAAACCCCAUCUCAGACCUCAUCACCCCCGUCUGCUACAACACCCUCAUCCUCAAACUUGACCCCGCCUCAUCCCCCGCCUGCACAAAGCUCGCCCUCUCAAAGGCAAUCGGCGUCGGCAUCAUAACCCUCUCCACAAUCAUAAAGAUCCCGCAGAUCAUCAAGCUUCUCAAUUCUGGCUCCGCCCGCGGCGUCUCCUUCCCCUCAUACGCCCUCGAGACCGCGGGCUACUUGUGUACCCUCGCGUACAACUUUCGCUCCGGAAACCCAAUCAGCACGUAUGGCGAGAUUGGCCUCAUCGCGGUCCAGAAUGUGGUCAUUGCUGUCCUGAUCCUGCACUACUCGGGCAAGGAUAUGUGGGCGGCAGCGUUUGUGCCGGUGGUGGCAGGCGCGCUCUAUGCGCUCUUUAACGAGGGCAUGGUGGACCCGAAGCUUAUGGGGUACCUGCAGGCGGCUACUAUCCCCUUGACGUUGGCGAGUAAGGUGCCACAAAUCAUCACUGUGGCCAGGAAUAAGUCUACGGGAAAUCUUUCGGCGUUUGCGGUGUUCAACUACCUCUUUGGCUCGCUCGCUCGUGUCUUUACGACCCUGGCGGAGGUUGAGGACCCGCUCAUCCUGUACGGUUUCCUUGGCGGUGCGUUCCUGAACUUUGUGCUGGCGGCACAGAUGCUCUGGUACUGGAACUCGGGGAAGAAGCUCGGCGCUGGGACGCCGGCAAAGAAGAGAUACACCGGCCCUGCCGAUGGCCGGAGCCUUGCGAAGGGCAAGGGCGCCCCAAAGAAGAAGGGUUAA